UGUUCAGCAAGUCAAGGUGGAGAAUUUGUGUCACAUAGUACAGGUAGCACUGACCGUAACUGUAGGCACAUUUUUGUGUAUAGCGGUAACUGGAAACAACAAUUAUAAAAACUAUACCAAUACAGUAUACACCAUGUUGAGACUACAGACUUUUGGCUUGUCAUUCCACAUGUUAAUGACGGCGAAAACAGGAUCUCACUCACUCUGGGUUCUGUCAACACUCAUCAUCGGAGACACGCCUUUCCCAGAAUUCAGUGCGGUGGUCAUGCUGGACGACAUCCAACUGUUUUACUACGACUCUGAUGUGGGGAAGCCGAUCUAUAGAAAAUUGCAAUCCAAACACGGCCAUGAAGAGCAGCAAGACGCUAAACACAUUUUUGGAGAGCAGCACCAAAACAUGAAGGAAAGAGUUUUCUUCUUUAGACAUCUUCUCAACAGCACUCAUGUGAAGCCCAGAGUACGACUCCUCCAGAAGAGACUCCCAGACUCUGGAGGGGUCAGAGUGACCUGCCUGGCCACUGGCUUCUACCCCCGUCACAUCAACCUGACCCUGCUCAGAGACGGCCAGCCUGUGCCUGACCACCAGAUCAGUGGGGGGGAGCUGCUACCUAAUGGAGAUGAGACGUACCAGAUGAGGAAGAGCCUGGAGGUCAGCACAGAGGAGCUACAGCAGCAUCACUACACCUGCACAGCUCAACACCUCAGCCUGGACAACAAACUGGAUUUUGGAUUAGAGGAUGAACCAGAAGGGCCUUUAGUGGCCAUGGUGCCAUCUGCACUAGUGUCACUGGUGCUAGGUGUGACUGGAGUCACUACUGGAUUCAUUCUAUGGAGAAAGAGAAACCGAUGUAAGUAGCUUCAUAUAUAUUGCACAUACCUACGUA